CCACUACCUCCCUUCCCUUUGGCCUUUCGGGACCUCAACAGAGACGCACCUCGGUCUCUCUCCUCCUCCACCCAAAGCUCCCACCUUUCCCUUCCUCCUCCCUCCUGCGCUCGCCUCCUCGCCCAAUUCCGUCCCCAAUUCGGCGCUCUCCCGCGGCGCGAUCCGUCGAAUCUGCCCGGAUUCGGUGUCGAUUCCACGCGGCCGCCGGGGGAGCCCCCCUCCCGCCGAUUUGUUUCGGAGCUUUUCUUCUUCUUCGGAUUCUUCCUUCCCCAAUCCUUUGGUUCUUGUUCUUUGGUCUCUCCUUCGAAAUUCGAUCCCUCGCCGGCAGCUUAGCCGGCGCGGCGCGGCGCGGCGGCGAUCCAUCUCCCGCGGUUUCGAUUUGGGUUUAUUUGGGCGGUGGGGAGAAAUCCGUGGUUCGGUGCGUUUGGUAUGAGCUGAAAAGGUCGUCCUUUUUUUUUUUGGGUUUUUUCCCCCUGAUCUGCGCGUGUUCUCUUCUCCUGGCUCGAUUGCGUGUUGUAGAUUUUGUGUUUUUGUUCUUGCGUUUAAAUCAGGGGGGAAAAUUCCUACUCUGUAAACAUUUCAGCCCGAUUUUCUGUUCAUUUCCACGUUUGAUUUGGUGCAGGAAAAGCUAGAAUUUUUACCCUUCUUUUUUCCGAAUAAUAUUUCUCUGAUUUCUACCUGCGUAGAUCUCGUUUUCCUCUUUGGUUUUGGGUCUAAGGCCUGCACCGAUUCGAUCAAGGAAUAAAAAAAAAGCCAUUGAUUUCCCAUUUCCGAACCUUUUAUUUACCUCAACAAACUCCAUUUCUUGCUGUUCCUACGCCCAAUUCGUCCUGAUCUGGUUGUCCAAGCUUGGGAUUCGCCUCCACUUCCCUUGAUUUGUUCGUCCGCGUUAAAUCCGAUGGCGCAGGAGAGCUGUGAUCUCAACAAGGACGAGGCUGAGAUCUUGAAGCCAUCAUCAUCAUCCUCACCUUCUCCUUCCCCAACCACAGCCUCCCCAUCGCCACCAACAGCACAAAUGACAGAACCACCGCCUCCGCAAUCGACACCACCAACACCACCGGCAGCAGCAGCAGCGGCAUCGGCAGCAGCAGCUCCUCAAUUCUCAGCCAAGAACUGCGAAGGUAUUCUCAUAGAGGUUUCCAAGAAGAGGAAACUAGCCGAAGCCACCGCCACCGAUGCUAAUGCCGUGGUCGUGGCGGCGGUAGCCGAGCCAUUAUCUCCGGUGCUGUUUGUUAACCGGUGCAACGUGUGCCGCAAGAGGGUCGGUUUGACCGGAUUCCGGUGCCGCUGCGGGGAGCUCUUCUGUCCUCGCCACCGGCAUUCCGAGACCCAUGAGUGCUCCUUCGAUUAUAAAACCGCGGGCAGGGAGGAGAUUGCCCGCGCGAAUCCUGUGAUCAGGGCUGCCAAGAUCAUUAAGAUCUGAGGUAUAAACACUUCUGUGGUGGAGUCAUAUUAAGAUCUGAGGUUGUAUGAUCUAUGAACUAUAUGGAAGACUAAUCCUGGAGAUGCUGCAAGUGAAUCAUGCUGUAACUACAUGAGCUAUUCAAGAGCAUGAUAUCUGCAUGUUUGUGAAGUAAUUCCCAUACAGCCGAGGCCAUAGUAGGAUAGCAGUCUACAUCAAGCGAAAAAUCUAUGGGUCGGCUGAUGUGGGAGAAAGCUUCACUCUUGUUCAUCGUCCGCCUUCGAUGCACACCAUAGCUCCUUCUCAAGCUACCACGCACACGGAUGAUAGCAAGUGUACUGUCCAGUCAUAAUUUUAUUGGAUCCAACAAUUUAUUGUAGUAUAUUGUAAUCUUUCUUUUUUAAGUCUUGUUCGGUUUCGUUCAACACAAUUGUGUGUUACUGAAAACAUGUGUGAUGUUUGGAAUUUCAGUUCAAGGUGGAGAUAAUCACCUCCUACCCUGUUGCUAUUGCGAUCUGUCUGGCUGACCGAUAAUUAGUCUGUCAUGCCACAAAUUA